AAUCGUGAUCACAGUUUAUCCGCAAUGGUCGCGUAAACUUUCCGGCCAUCUUGUUAUUAUUUUCGAAAAUCUCGAGGUUGGAUUUUCGGGAAGACGUAGUAGGUGCGAACGCCUUUCGCGCUUGUUUCCGAUCGGUCUUCGACGUUGAGAGAAAGACAGCGGCUCUCGUAUGAGGUUAAGAGCACGAGGUUACGACGAAGAACGGCCUCGGUGGGUAUCUCGCGCGACUUCGCGGAGUCAGUCUCCUCUCCUCGCUGGUGACCGUCGCAAAAGUAGCGAAGACAGAAAAGGGAGAGACGAGGGAGUACGUGCAGAAGAUAAAAGGAUAAGACGUACGGAAGGACAUAGUUACUAUACAUAAUGGCAACUUUGGCUGAGCAAGCCUCUAAAUUAUUGGACUUUAAUCAGAAAUUGGAUAUAACAUUACUCGACAAUAUAGUAGGAUGUAUGUAUACUGGGAUAGGUGAGCAACAGAGAGUCGCUCAGGAAGUGUUAACGACGCUUAAAGAACAUCCAAAUGCUUGGACACGCGUAGAUACUAUUCUAGAAUUUUCACAGAAUCAACAAACGAAAUAUUAUGGCUUGCAAAUAUUGGAGCAAGUUAUAAAAACACGAUGGAAAGUAUUACCAAGAAAUCAAUGCGAGGGUAUAAAAAAGUACAUCGUAGGCCUUAUCAUAAAAACAAGCAGCGAUCCGGAAACAAUGGAAGCUUCCAAAGUUUACUUAAACAAACUCAACAUGAUUCUUGUGCAGGUGCUUAAGCGUGAGUGGCCAAAAAAUUGGGAAUCUUUUAUCGGUGACAUUGUCGGAGCGAGUAAAACUAACGAGAGUCUCUGUCAAAAUAACAUGGCCAUCCUGAAACUUUUGUCAGAGGAAGUAUUUGACUUUUCUAGCGGCCAAAUGACCCAGACAAAGGCAAAGCACUUAAAGGAUACGAUGUGCAGCGAAUUUUCACAGAUAUUCCAGCUUUGCCAAUUUGUGAUGGACAAUUCACAAAAUGUUCCGUUAGUGGCGGUCACAUUAGAGACACUGCUAAGGUUUUUAAACUGGAUACCUUUGGGAUAUAUUUUUGAAACGAAAUUAAUAACUACUUUAAUAUUCAAGUUUUUGAACGUACCAAUAUUUCGGAAUGUUACUCUAAAGUGUCUCACUGAAAUUGCGGCCGUCUCCUCUGUGGCGACUUAUGACGACAUGUUUGUCGUGUUAUUUAUCAAUACGAUGCAGCAGCUGGAGCUGAUGCUCCCGCUGGAAACCAACAUACGCGAGGCAUACGGAGCUGGUCAAGACCAAGAGCAGAAUUUUAUUCAGAAUUUAGCCAUGUUUCUCUGCACUUUUCUCAAAGACCAUGCUGAGCUGAUAGAAAAGAAGCAACUGAACGACACACUAUUAAAGGCAUUACACUAUCUCGUUCUUAUCUCGGAGGUUGAGGAAGUUGAGAUAUUUAAGAUUUGUUUGGAGUAUUGGAAUGGAUUGGCCGCUGACCUGUACAAAGAAAACCCCUUUAUGACUACAUCGCCACUUUUCGUGACUAAAAUAAACGUCGGCACUCGUAGAGUGUUCUACUGCCCAGUUUUGACAAAAGUGCGUUAUAUUAUGAUUAGCAGAAUGGCGAAACCCGAGGAGGUGCUCGUUGUAGAAAAUGAGAACGGUGAAGUUGUCAGAGAAUUUAUGAAAGACACCGACUCUAUAAAUCUCUAUAAGAAUAUGCGAGAAACUCUCGUGUAUCUUACUCAUCUCGAUUACAUGGAUACUGAAAGAGUGAUGACCGAGAAAUUACAAAACCAAGUCAACGGUACGGAAUGGUCUUGGAAAAAUCUCAACACGUUAUGCUGGGCGAUAGGCAGCAUUUCCGGCGCUAUGCACGAAGAGGAUGAAAAACGCUUCUUAGUAACGGUAAUUAAGGAUUUGCUUGGUCUGUGUGAACAGAAGAAGGGUAAAGACAACAAGGCUAUAAUCGCCAGCAAUAUCAUGUACGUUGUUGGUCAGUAUCCGCGAUUUCUCCGAGCCCAUUGGAAAUUUCUAAAGACUGUUGUAAAUAAACUGUUUGAGUUUAUGCAUGAAACGCAUGACGGAGUGCAAGAUAUGGCCUGCGACACUUUUAUCAAAAUAGCAUUGAAGUGCAGACGACAUUUUGUCACCGUACAAGUGGGAGAAGCCUUGCCAUUUAUUGAGGAAAUUCUUUCUACGAUUAGCACCAUUAUAUGCGAUCUCCAAACGCAACAGGUACAUACAUUUUACGAAGCGGUUGGCUACAUGAUAAGUGCACAAGCCGACACCUUGAUGCAGGAGCAGUUGAUUGAAAAGUAUAUGCUUCUUCCUAAUCAAGUUUGGGAUGAUAUUAUAAGUCAAGCAUCUAAAAACGUGGAUGUCUUAAAGGACCAAGAAGCAGUAAAACAACUCGCCAGCAUCUUGAAAACAAACGUUAGAGCUUGUAAAGCUCUUGGACACCCGUACGUGAUACAGUUAGGGAAAAUAUACUUAGAUAUGUUGAAUGUUUAUAAGGUUAUGAGUGAGAAUAUAAGUGCUGCGAUAUCUGUAAAUGGCGAAAUAGUGAUGAAGCAGCCUUUAAUAAAGAGUAUGAGAGUAGUGAAAAAGGAAACGUUGAAAUUAAUAUCCGAUUGGGUGAAUAGGACGAGUGAUCAUCAAAUGGUACUGGAAAACUUUAUACCACCAUUGCUGGACGCCGUCUUAUUAGAUUAUCAAAAGACAAAUGUCCAUUGUGCUAGGGAGCCAGAAGUGCUUAGUGCUAUGGCCACUAUAGUGAACAAACUAGAAGCCCAUAUCACUAGCGAGGUGCCGAAAAUAUUCGAUGCAGUAUUUGAAUGUACUUUGGAAAUGAUCAAUAAGGACUUUGAAGAAUUCCCUGAACACAGAACGAAUUUCUUCCUUCUCCUGCAGGCGGUGAACAUUCAUUGUUUCCCGGCAUUCCUGUCAAUACCACCAGCACAAUUUAAAUUGGUCCUUGACUCGAUCAUUUGGGCCUUUAAACACACAAUGAGGAAUGUGGCGGAUACUGGACUACAGAUUCUCCACCAACUUUUACUGAACAUUGAACAACAUGAACAAGCGGGUCAAAGUUUUUAUCAGACCUACUUUACAGAUAUUCUACAACAUAUAUUCAGUGUUGUUACGGAUACAUCACACACGGCAGGCCUUACGAUGCACGCUACAAUUCUUGCUUAUAUGUUUACAUUGAUUGAACGUGGAAAAAUUCAGGUGCCGCUCGGUCCUGUACCUGAUAAUACUUUAUAUAUACAAGAAUUCGUUGCAAGAUUGCUUAGAGCAGCCUUUCCGCAUUUAACUGAUAAUCAGAUUAAAAUAACCGUGCAAGGUUUAUUCCAUCUUAAUCAAGAUAUCACCAUGUUCAAGGAACAUCUCAGAGAUUUCCUCGUGCAAAUUAGAGAAUAUACGGGCGAAGACGAUUCAGAGCUUUAUUUGGAGGAACGGGAAACGGCUCUACGGCUAGCACAAGAAGAGAAAAGAAGGCAGCAAAUGGCUGUACCGGGUAUUCUUAAUCCUCACGAAAUGCCAGAAGAGAUGCAGGACUGAAGUAUCAGUAGUCCUUGUUUAUCGUUUUCUGCACAUCCGAAUAAGAAACACCGUUUAAGGGAUUACUGUAUCCUUUGAGCUGUAAUUAUCCCUGCGACAUCACCGUCAUCACACCAUCAGAGAACGGAUAAAUAUUAAUUAUUUACUAAAACCGAAUCUGUGUAAAACUACACCCUUGUCAAGGAGGUAAGCCCGAAACGUGGUGACUGUUUGUCUGUUAUAGGAUUUUUAAAAAAUUCAAAUUUCUGUUAUGGAUAACGGGACAAUUGCCUGCUAGCGAUGCUAUUUCAUGUAACGCAAUAAAAAGAAUUACUUCUCAGAGAAAGUCGAUUGUCUAGAAGCGUAUGUAGGAUAAAACCUUACAGACUAUCAAUUCCCAUUACUCAGAAUUACAAAAAAACGAUGGAAAUGGCAAAAAUAAUGUUAUUAUUCUUCAGAAUUACUGUCGAGUAAUUUGAUACAUAUAUUUCUGUAUAAGAAAUUUUGAGACAAAAUACUACUAUAUUAAGUUUCGUCUUUGGCAUUUCUAUGCGAAUUAAGAAAACGAUGUAACCCACAGAAUUUUUUGUGCGCAUUCUUGGCCGUUUAAAUUUACAGUCGGAUCGGUACGAAUAUGUAUGUAUGUAUGUAAGCUUACUUGUGAUAGCUUAUACUAAUGUAUUGAUACAUGAAUUUGUUUUUAUAAUAUAAAUAAUACAAAGAAA